AUGGCUCUCUCCAGAGGGUUGAGGUGCUGUCAGAGGGUUUUCUCCUGGAUACCUGUCCUUAUCAUCACCUGCGUGGUGCUGUGGUCGUACUACGCCUACGUAUUUGAGCUAUGUCUUUUUACACUCACCAACACACUGGAAAAAGUGGCCUAUCUGCUGGUAUUUCAUGUUUGCUUUGUGAUGUUCUCCUGGACCUAUUGGAAGUCCAUAUUUACCCCUCCUGCAUCACCAUGCAAAAAGUUUCAGCUGUCAUACUCAGACAAGCAACGAUACGAGAUGGAAGAGAGGCCAGAUGCUCAGAAACAAAUCCUGGUUGAGAUUGGAAAGAAACUGCCCAUCUUUAGUCGAGCUCAAUCUGGAGCUAUCAGGUUCUGCGACCGCUGCCAGGUACUGAAGCCUGACCGCUGUCACCACUGCUCGGUUUGUGAAACGUGCGUCUUGAAGAUGGACCACCACUGUCCCUGGGUGAACAACUGUGUGGGCUUUUCAAACUACAAGUUCUUCCUGCUUUUCCUCUCCUACUCCAUGCUGUACUGUGUAUUCAUUGCAGCAACAGUCUUUCAGUAUUUCCUCAAAUUCUGGGUGGGUGACUUGCCAAAUGGGCCCGCAAAGUUCCAUGUCCUCUUCCUCAUGUUUGUGGCGCUCAUGUUUUUUGUCAGUCUCAUGUUCCUCUUUGGCUACCACUGUUGGUUGGUGGCCAAGAACCGAUCCACUUUAGAGGCCUUCUCAGCUCCAGUUUUUAUCAGUGGACCAGACAGAAAUGGCUUCAAUGUCGGCACACGCAGAAACCUGCAGCAGGUUUUUGGAGAGGAUCGGAGGCUGUGGUUCAUCCCUGUUUUCACAAGCCAAGGGAACGGCCACUACUUCCCCUUGAAGAAUCGGAGUUCUGAGUCCCACAACCCCUUAUUAGCUAAUGAGGACAUGUGGGAUGAGUCGGAUGAUGGCUCUGAGGAAGGAAGCUUGGUUGAGGACCAAGACCCCUCUGUUACCAUAGAGAUGGAAGGAUAGUAGUUUAAUUUAGGGACAAUCUACAAUCGUACAGAGGACACAGAUUAAUAUCACACACACACGAGGCAAAUGCAUUCCAAAUCAUGUGGAUGUUCAGACACUGAAAAAAAAAAUCUGAAGGGGGCCAAACGUGUGGAUUAAAACCUGCAAUUGGGUUGUUUUUGCCCACUUUUACCCAUGUGUUUUACAUAAUGAUGAAUAGAGUAACUUAAUGGACAACCAGUAGCAUCACCUCUCCUCUCAUGGACAAACAGUAUCAUUGUGAUCCGGUCAAAAAACUUGUCAAAUAUUACCUGUUGUAUAUGUGUAUCCUUCUGGUUGUUCAUCUCAAGGCACUGGCCUCUGUGGGAUUAUUAAUUAGUGUUAAUUGGGAAGCUUUGGUCUGGCACUGUACUACUUUAUAUGCCUCUGUUUCAUUGUUGGGCCGGGGGUUUACAGUGUUCACACCUUCUAUCUGUGAAGGGUGGUAUUUAAAUUGACGCCCGUAAUGCUCCAGACGUCUCUUAUAGUGAUUCAGUUUUCUGGCCUCAUCCAGUUUGGGUCUUAAAGCAUAUUAACAUAGGACCUUUUCUUUUUUUUAUGACCAUAAGCAUAUUGUUAUACCUGACUUGACAGCCGCCUUAUUAAUAUAUUUAUUCUUGUGUUUUGGGAGUCCAUGUCUCCUAAGAAUGUAUGCAGCACCCUGCUUGUGAAUAGACGGUGCCAACAUUCUGGGCACUUAUUUAAGAAAUAACCUCUCAUAUUAUGCUUUAAUACAGUACUUCAGCUGAUCUGAUCGGAAUGGUGACAGUAAUAAAAACAGAACCAGUAUAUAUUUGUAGCUUUGGUUCACAGCUACAGCUCACUGUGUUUUAAAAAUGAAUCCUGAAAUCUAAACCAGAGAAUUACAGCAAACUUAAAGGUAUAUUAUGCAGGAACUUCCCAAAAAAACAAUGUAUAGACUCACAAAAAAAAAGUAAUCCAUCUCAAUCAUCACUUAUGAUUACCCAUGAGAAGUUUGUGUCAGUGUCUGUAUCUGUAAUUUAUCUUUCCCUCUUACUUUGCUGUGUUCGUUUCUGGGCGUCAGCUCUUGUGCACAGGUGUGAACCAGUCAGCCGAUAACAGCGUACAAGUGAGGUCAGGACUUUAUCAAAAGGUAGUGAGCAGGUUAAACUGCUGUGUCCAUCUCUCUCUGUCUGUGACAUGAAUGUAUAAAGAGCUGCAGGUCUGUGUGUCUGUUUGACCAAAAGCCGGGGUGACACACAUACACAAAAGCACACACACACAAACGCACACACAGGCACCUUCCCGCAGAGUUGUACGGAGUGUGGGUGUGUUUAUUAAUGCUUCAGAACGUCACCACAGCGAAACAAUUGGGAUAUAACUUUUUAUUUCUCUGUUUCACGCCACUCCCUCUCUUCAUCACUCUCUAGCUCGCUUGACCACCACUGCUCUCUCGCUCAUUUGAAUGUUGUGUUUACAAACAGUCAGAGAGACUUGCUGCAUAGUAUACCUUUUUAAUAGGAUAAUAAUAAUUUAUCGUUGGAGUCAUAUCCUGAAUAUACUGUAUAGCUUGACAUCAUUAUAUGAUGUUCGCCACAUAUUGCUUACUAAAAUAAUUGCAGUGAACAGUUUAAUUUUACUAUAUGGGAUGAGCAUACAAGACAAACUGUGAUAUACAGUUUUUUAAAUAAUUAUCAUAAACUUGUUUUCUACCAUAUCAGCCAUCCCUAAAGUAACACUUGGAACGCAAAAUGAAAUUAGCUUUUUAUCAUAAAGGCACAAAUAAAUUAUAGUAGGGACACACUAGGUUAUUCUACUGUGUCUGUUUUCACUUUUAUCUUUUUAAACAUGCAGAUAACUGUAUAUACAUAUAUAUAUAUGACUGAUCCUCAUCCACUGGUUGGUAGAGGUCAGCGCUCUUCUGCAAUAGUAUGUUUUCAUUUUUUUUCUACAUGUCUUUAUGUAUUGUGAAAUUUUUAAUACCAAUGAUACAGAUUUGUCUCAUGGAGAGCGUUUGGUUUAUGGGGUUGUGUAUUUAUCCAGUGUACUUAGUUGAAAACUAUGUCUUUAAUGGAGUACACAUAUUCAUUUAGUAUCAGUAAACAGUUAGGCCUUUUGUCAAACCUUGAUGCUGUUAGAUCUUCACACAUCAACUUGCCUCACCAGAUCUGUUUUUCUACUAUGUUGGGAAAGCAAAAUCAAAUGCUGCUCAAGUCUGAGCAAUACAUAACACUAAUAAUUUCUUGAUUCAAACUGUGGUUUUUAUCUGAGGUAUGAUUCAGUGUUUGAAAGCAUGUAUAAAACAUUAGGAAAGAUGUGGAUGUUGAGUGUUUCAUGUAGUCUUGCGUCUAUUUAUCAUUGUAAUCUUCAGCUUUUUUUCCUGUGUAUUGAGUUUACUGAUUCAUAACUGCUGCAGGCAGUGUUUGUAUAUUUUGCCCCAUCAAGUGAAACUUAAAUUAAACUGUUGAAGCAAUGUGCUUUUAUCAAGUAGUAGGAUAUUUAUAAAAUGAGAAGAUGACAAAUUAUACCCAUAUUGCGGACAGGAGUUCAAUAUUGCUAGAGCACAUACAGUACGGUCUCUUUUGAAUUGUCUUUGGAGUAUGUGAUUGUGGCGCUUCCCUUUUUAAAAACUCUGAACUAUUAAAAGAACUGAUAUUGUUUCAUUUUGUCCUUUAACAAAUAUAAAUUCUUUAUUUUCCACCAGUUGUAACAUGCAAAA